CGUACACAUGUAAGCACGCACACACGUAUACACAUCAGAACAUAAUUCGAGCGAAAUUCCGAUCCGAGACCGGUUUGAAAAUUGAGGACGUGACGCACAAUGGGCGUGAGUGUAAACUCCAGUGCUGAUCCGAGAACAGCGAAGCGAGGAACUUUAGUUACCCUGAUCUGACUUGGACUUGAAUGAGAGGAAGAGAAAGAGGGGGAGGGAGGGAGAGAGUGCGAGGGAGAGAGAGAGAGACCAGACGCCCGUCAGCGUUUAUAUCUGACGGUUGCAAACUAGGACGAGUGGCCAUCCACGGUGAAGGAACUAUUUAACCUGAUUUCCACCGGAGAACGGAACCGGUGCUACGUUACAGGGGCUGCCACUGACACUUUUUAUCCGCUUAAGCAGUCCGUAAAAGAGUCGGUGGGCGAAGACAGACCCACUCUCCGGACCCACGGACAGCCCAGGAACACGUUAAAGGCAACUAGAUGGAUAAAAGAUAAGUUUGGCAGAGAGAAGGACCUAUCGAGGGGGAGGCCAAUCGCGACCCACUCCCGAGGAGUCGGCCGUGAUUUUUCUUUGAAGAGAAAAACAGAAGUGAGGAGGAAAGGAGGGCAGAGACUCCGGAGCGAGGAAGGGGGAGAAGGGGAUUUUUUUUUCCUCCCUCUUCAACUCGAUCUUUUUCCAUCUCCGUGUCUCCUGCUCUGUGUCUGUGGUCGGGUCUAAAUGUUCAACCUCAUGGGUGUUGUUAACGCCACGACGCCCGCCCUGCAGACCAAUGACUCCUGUACUUGUAACUGCAAGAGAUCCACUUCUUUCCAAAGCAUGGAGCUCUCCCAGUUGGAGUUUGUCCAGAUCCUGGUGAUAGUGGUGGUAAUGAUGGUGAUGGUGGUGGUCAUCACCUGCCUGCUUAACCACUACCGCUUAUCAGCACGCUCCCUCCUGUCCAGACACGCCCAAACGCGCAGGAGACACCUGCCAUUGGCCAACGAGGCUGGUCUGUGGACCAAUGAGAGCUCUGCGACGGCCAGUGGCUCCAGUGAGCACCAGGUGUACAACCCCCGCUCCACCGACCGAUCCAUCCUGCCCUCCUACCACCAGCGGGACCCCCCCCAGCCCCACCCCUUCCCCCAGCACCCCCACCCACAGCGGUUCCAGCCGGCCUAUGUGCCCAGCCGCUUCCAGCCCACCUACCCCUACCUGCCCCAGAGCCUCAUCGACCUGCCCCCCACCAUAGCCCUGUCCGACGGAGAGGAGCCCCCCCCCUACCAGGGCCCCUGCACGCUGCAGCUGCGGGACCCCGAGCAGCAAAUGGAGCUCAACCGCGAGUCAGUCCGCGCGCCGCCCAACAGAACCGUGUUCGAUUCCCACCUGCUGAGCCCGGCCACGCCCUGUCUGCAUACCAGGUUACAGGCCCCGCCCCCUAGUGUACACACAGGCAUCAGCGUACACGAAGCCCAGGAGGCCUUGACGAGACACCAGAAGCAGGGGACACAGGUAGAGGGGGCGCCCCCGGCCUACAGUGAGGUCAUCGGGCACUACUAUCACCCAUCAUCCCUGACCCCCGACCUCAGCCAAAACCACGCCCAUCGGACUGUUCCAUCGCAGCAACCACCCCCGUCGACGCUGAUACAUGGCGUACUCCGGCCCCCGCCCCAUCACCAGCAGGCUCCGCCCACUCCAGGAAGUGUGGACAAUAGGAACUCACGGAACACAAAAGAUAAACCCAAGAAGCCCCAGCAGGUUUGAAAGGGGUCGUUCCUCUUCCUGCUCCUCAGCCAAUGGUAAGACUUGGACAUGGAGAGAAGGCCUGACCGGUGUGUACAGUAUUUCCGGAGCUUUUUCCCCUGGCUUCGGGAUCAAGUUUCGUCUUGAAACACUUUCAACCUGUCAGUGCCGCACCUUCCAAGCUAACUGCGUCGGUUAGCGCUGGGAACCGAUGCCUUUGGAGAGCAAUCCAGGAAACCAUGGGUCUCCUGCGCAGUGUGGCACUUGCUGUUUCAUUGCUUCUUUCUUCCUGUCUGAGGAGCUCUUCACACAAACAGAUGAUGAGGUUGGAUUGGAGUGGAGGGACGGGGAUUCAAAUGUGAUGUAGCCCCUCCCCCCCUCUCCACCCCUGCCAACUGCCACCUGAGUCGUUAUAAAUAUGUAUUUGUUUUGUUUGUUUCUAGAGAAGUUGGUAUUUUCGUUUGUUUGUCUUAGUUGCGCUUUCAGCUUGUUGAGAAAAAGAAAAUCGACACAAUGCGAACGGCGAUACACUGCAGUCUGCAAUCUAACACACGUCUUUCAACUGGUUUCUUACCUACAUCCAUUUGAAAGACAAUAUUAUAAUGGGAAUUUAAAGAAACUGUUUCAAGUAUGAAAGCAGAUCUUUUGAUCAUAAAAGCAGUUAUUCCUGCAUAGUCCUUUAGCCACGUCUCUCAGCAUGUUAGCAUGUUAGCAUAAUAGCACUUUAGCAUGCUAGUCUAUAUAGUAGCCAAUUUGUUUAUCCAUAGUAACCAUUAACUUAAAACUAGUGUUAGCUGUAGCACAGUGCUAAGUCCUGAGAGCUAAAGGUACUUUCUUACUAUAAUAACGAAUGCAGGAGUUUAUUGCUAAAUAUUCAGUUUUACUUUUCGAAGUAAAAGUUUGCACAAGGUUCACGACUGUUCGACACAUGGAUAAAAAGAUAAUCUGCAAUAUGUUUUGAUAAAAGAAGGCGAGCGAACGUAGGGAUAUUUUUCUAAACUAUGGAUUCUAAAGAGUAAAGGUACAUUUUUGUUUCUAGUCGUUUAGACGUUGUUUAGAUCUAGAAAGAAGUACGAUCAGCAAUCGUUGGGGUGCCAACAUAUUUUGUAACAUUGUGCUCCAUACACGGCAAAUGUAUGUUUCACGUGUGUGUGGAAGCUGAAGGUGGAGAGCAUGGAUGAGUUAUUUAUAUAAUUUCUGAGAAGAAUUGCACUAUUUUUUUAGUAUGCGAAGAUGGGACGAGUGAGCCAGACUUUUAUUUUGUGAAGGAGCUUUUUCACGGCAUUAAAGUGAAAUUGCCGUUUCAGUUUGAGACACCCCUGGAACCGCUACUGUUGUGUAUGUUUCAGGGGACUUACCAGGGGGAAGGGCCCAUAGCGUGCACAAAAUCACCCAAAAACACAAGACCAGACUCUGGUUCUGAUUGAGCCCGGUGGACUUGGACCAAACCAGUAGUAUUCCAUUGAUUCAAAUUUAUGAAAACUAUAAUUAUGCAAAAGUCCAAGUUCAGUAAGCCAAUCAAGAGCCCAGGAUUCUCCCUUAUAGGACCAAUCAGGAAAUCAUAGCCCUCAGAUCUCUAUCCCUAUUAGUCGAUUCUGCAGCCAGUAUCAGUACGCCUCACAAAACUAAACUCUAUAAAGUCCUUUGGUAAAUAACCUUGGCAAUGCACACACCAGUUAACUCAGAGUUUCUCCAUGACUGAUGACUAAACGUAUACAUAAUCAGGUGUGUGUGUAUCAGGAGGGGAUGUAAUCAAGUAAUUUAAGUACAGAGUGGGGUCAGCCUUAAAACUGGCUGCGUAUCGUUGAAUGCUGAAACUAUCGAGGGAGAGAGAGAGAGAGAGAGAGAGAGAGAGAGAGAGAGAGAGAGAGAGAGAGAGAGAGAGAGAGAGAGAGAGAGAGAGAGAGAGAGAGAGAGAGAGAGAGAGAGAGAGAGAGAGAGAGAGAGAGAGAGAGAGAGAGAGAGAGAGAGAGAGAGGACAUCUGUCCAUGUUUAAAGUCAAAUUAUAUGAUAUCAUAAUUAUCCCUUAAUCAGUGAUGCAAAAGCUUUGAUUGUGCACGCAUGUGGGCCCAACACACACACACACACACACACACACACACACACACACACACACACACACACACACACACACGCACACACACACAAAAACAUUGAUAUUCCCCUGGUAAGACGGGCCAGGCAUCUCUGAGCACUUUACUGGUCCAGUUUUAAGGACACAAUCGCACGCCAGCCAGCACCGGGGUUACUACUUGACUUACAUCCAAACCGCAUGAGGACGGAACAACUUGAAGCACAAUGAGCUCUUUCCUUGAGUUAAAUAGUUCAACGUCUCAUCAGUCUUUAGGAUUGUGUUGUAGUUUGCCCAUGUAGAGGAGGUAGUUGUGCUCUUAUUUAGGAUGUAGUUUAGCUUUGGGUUUCUAGUGUUGUUUAAUUUCAAUCAUUUUCAAAGAGUAGUCUACACAGGUGGAACAUCUCCUUCAGGGCUUGGGGCUGGGUUGUCUUAAAAAAACACACUGAAGUGUUAAAAAGUGACACGCGUGACACACAAAUCUGACAAUUAUAUCCCCCUUGGACCUUGUUUUAGGAGAUAUACUGUGUCUUAUUUAGAUUAUAGUGCAGAUAGUGUAGAAAACCUGUUUGCGCUUCCAGACUUUAUGCAAUAGCGCCCUCUGCCGGGGCAGAACCAAACCGCGGCCCAACACAAUUCAAAGAUGACUUCAGCUUGAGAUUUUACCACCUCUUUUGCUCCUAAGACGUUCGACAAUGUUUACAUUUCGUGAUCAAACGUCAUGUUGAACGAAUUCAUCUCUUUACCCAAAGUGAAUUGUAUCCAUUAAUCAGAAUAUCAAUCAUAUUCUUAAUCAGACUGAUCGGUCUAGCCUCUCAUCUCUUCGUCUCUCCUGCUGUCUUCUCUUUAACCCUCCUAACUUUUCUUAUGCUAUGUCAACCCCUUCUCUCUCCUUGUCUCUCCCCUUUCUUCUCCUCCUCUCUUCUCUCGCCUCUACUCCAUUCCUCUCCCCCUCAUCUCCCCAGUGGUUUGGUUCAGUGUCCUGCAGAGAGUUCUAGAAAGUUCUUGAAUGUUUAUAGGGGGAAGAAGGGGUUGGGGGGUUCUGGGCUAGGUAGUUUAUCAGAGCUCCCAUGACAGUCAAAUGUUAGGAAGUCUCUCUGUUCAGGGAAAACGGUGCUGGCUGGCGAUCCCCUUCAGGUCGGAUGAGAGAAGGACAGUAGGACAAGGUGGUUGUGGAGGAGAGAGGACACCUAUAAUAUCAGCGCACACACACACACACACACACACACACACACACACACACACGCACACACACACACACGCACACACACACACACACAUACACACACAGCCAAUCUACAUCAACACACAGACACACAUUAGCGGUGUGCCUCCACUUCCUCUCCCAUCACCUCGUCCUCACCUUUCCUCUUCCUGUCUGAACAAGCUCUUACUCUGUUCCCUAGAGAUGCCUGGUGUCCAAUGAAAAAGCUCCGGUCAGACCAGCUACCAUUGGCUGGCUGAGGGCUGGUCUCCUGGUAAUGUCCCGCUGUGUGUCGUUUGUUGCUGUGCUAUUCUAGUGUGCCUGCCUGCUGAGACGGGCCAAUGUGAGGGGCCGGCUUGGGCUGUCAGUCAGGCCCAGACUCCACCCCCUUAUUGUCUCAGAUCAUGUUGACUGGAUGAGGGUGAUGACGAUGAUGAUGAUGGUAGUCAUGACGAUGAAGACAGAUUGUUUUUACCCGCCGAAAUUGUCCUGGCGGAAAGCGUUGCAAUACACCUAUUAUUUGCCUUCUUUAGACGAUCUAAGUAAUAUUUUAUCCUAGCGUUAUAAAUGUAUUUACUGUUGUUUUAUAUUGUUGCCCAUUCUCUUUUAAGAAAAUACAUUUUAUUUUAUUUAGUUUUUUAUUAUUAUUCCAACACGUUUUGCUGUUUCAACGAACAUUGUCUUAAGGCCUCCCAAAACGAAAAUCUUCUGUUUCAAUCACGAGUAACAAGCCGAGAGAUUUUCGGGCUCCUUCCCUCCACACUUGAGAUAUAUUUCCUAUCAACUAGCACACGUGUUCACUAACAACUGAGCUUGUUGACUGAGAAACAAUUCACAGAGAGGGAGAGAGUGACAGAUGAUAUCCUAUCCUCCUCAACUCAAAGUUUAACUCCAGCAGCAGCCCUCAUGUGAGAAAGCUGUUAUGUAAUGUAUGCAAAUGACCCCCACUUCCUGAAAUACAGGCCUGUUUAGUCAACACUUUGUUAUGUUAAGUGCACUUGUUCCCUCAGGGGUCUUGUCUUUCUGUGUUGUUACUUUGGUACAGAGGGUUUGGAAAGGCUGCCAGAGUCAGGGGCCAGAACACAAGUGUUUUCAUCAUGCACACUCGUACGUUUCAGACCAUUGUCUGCUGCUCUUGAGAAGUCCUAGUGACAUAACAGUUCCCAGUUGUUCUUGGAUACCAAACAGUCUCCUGGGCUUUCAGACAUGUCUAGCAGGAGAACAAAACCUUCCGGCAGACAUGUUGUAAGAGGUUUUUAGUGGAUCUCCGAUGCUCCAAGGUCUUCCUUGGGGCUUGGCUACUGUUACCAGAUCCCAACCACCACCAGAGAUUAAGAGGGAGAAGGCCAUUUUAAGGCCAAGUCCAAGCCCCUUAGCAACAUCUACCCCAGAGAGAAGCCCACGUAACGGGUCAACCGUUACGUAGCAACAUCUGUGAAGGUGUUUGGGAUCUCUGAGGAUCCAUUUCGUCCAAUUGCAGCACACUCACAUGUACUUGCACAACCACACAAAAGACCGACCACAACAGCUUUCUGUUGUUCAAAACCCAUUCAACCCUUUCCUAAGUAUCAGCGACCUAUCUCUAUCUCUCUGACCUUAACUGUUGUGCCCUGAGAUUCUGUAUGGAUUUUCAACAUGAAAGCACAACCUUCCCAAAGGAGUUUGGAACAUCAUGCAGCAACUAUAGCAGGGCUAUACAGGUGAAUGCACUUAAUACCUUUCUGUUCUUAAAAUCAGCGCUAGCGAUGCGCCUUUAUUUUGACAACCAGAACACACUCUUGGAAAGCAUCUUCUGAAUGGACAUCUUCUGAUCUCUAGCCAGUUAAUGUGAUGUUUGUUGAAGAGGAACUGUUCUUUUGUUAUGUGUUUUCAUCUUACUCCUUUACUCUGGACUGAACGCGACAACUUUCUUAAUCACAACUAUAUUAACGGCUUACUCUAUCAGACGAUUCAAGUGUUACUGGGCUUGUUAUGUUGUUAUUUUGGAGGACAAUGGCUUCUUAUCGUUACUGUUAUGGAACAUGUUUUGAAUCACACACAUUUCAGUUACCCUUUCAAUUUAAAACAAAUAAAACGUUUUUAUAAAUUAA